AGAAACUGCAAAGUAAAGCUUUGGAACGUUUUCGUUUUAUUACAUUUUUCGGUUACUAUUUCAUGUUUUAUCUCGUAUAUCGUUGUAAAUAUUCGGAUGUGAGUGUUGACAGUUUCAACCGUCGUGAUGUUUUGGGUUUUCCAGAUGCUCCAGGAUGGUGAAAAGUACAUGAAGACAGGGAAGGAGGCGGGCUGUCAGUGGGAGGCUCCAGUGGAACAUGUGAAGGAGGCGGGCUGUCGGUGGGAGGCUCCAAUGGGGCACGUAAAGGAGGCGGGCUGUCGGUGGGAGGCUCCAGUGGGGCACGUAAAGGAGGCGGGCUGUCGGUGGGAGGCUCCAGUGGGGCACGUAAAGGAGGCGGGCUGUCAGUGGGAGGCUCCAGUGGGGCACGUAAAGGAGGCUGGCUGUCAGUGGGAGGCUCCAGUGGGGCACGUAAAGGAGGCGGGCUGUCAGUGGGAGGCUCCAUUGGUGCACAUAAAGGAAGCGGGCUGUCAGAGCAAGGGCAUGGUGAAGAGCGAUGCCAGUGUCCAGGUGGACCUGGUGACAGGAUUAGCCAGUGUGGAGUGGUUCGUGGUUCCUGUCAGACCAGAUGAACAAGAAGGGGGUGCCCUGCUGCAGCACUGCACCGUGCAGAGGACACAUCAUUGUAUGCUGGACACCUUGAAUCAGACUAAACCACCAAACCAGAGUCCGAACGACCACUUACAAACCGAAAAGACCGAACCUGCCAGGAACCGUCCUCAGUUUCUGCUGUGGACUGACCACAUGCCUCCACUUGAACCCAGCCUCUUGGUGUUGUCUGCACCACUGAAGGGCACGGUGCAUCAUCAUCAUCCUUCUGGGCCACUGGCCAAUCAGACUUUCUCUUUACCCAGCAUGCCUCUGUGUCAUCCCCUCUGUGUUGUGCCUCCAGCAAACCUGCAGCAUCCUGCUCCAUUUCCCAGCAUUCCUCAAUACCCAUUGCCCCCCUGUGCAGGAAGGAGUUAUGAGUGUUCUCCCCCCCCUGCUCCUCCUCCUGGACUCAUAGCUCCUCUGAGUCCCCAGCUGGCUGAGGAUGAGGAGGAGCAGAGAAGCCCUGCUGAAAAAGAUACAGGUCAGUUCUGUUGCAGGAAGAAGAGGUUUCCAUUGAAGGAGCACCGCAGUCAGACAAAUAAUACAUGCGCCAAACAUCGCAGGUUCAAAUCCAGAUCAGCAUUCCGGCCUAACAGGCGCAAUGUAGGAAGGUUUCAAUGUAUCUCCACUGUGGAUAAUGUGGCAAAGACCAGCAACAAGACACUUAAGCGCCACGCCAAGUGCCUCUUUGAAGUGGGACGACUGGGAGGGAAAAUAGAAUAUGUUCACACUAACGAUAACCAAAAUAAGGAUGUGGGUGAAGGAAGACAACUGGAGGAGAAGAGGAGCAGAAAUGAAGGAGAACCAGUUGCAAAAAUGAUAAAGAAGGAUGAAAAUGAGCCUUUUGUGAGGACAUGGAGUGGAGAGAAUGAUAGUGGAACCAAGCCAGUCAUGAAGAAUCCAGAAAACACAGAGCUGUCAGGGCGGCCAAGGAGGAAGACCGUGGGUCCUCCCAUCAGAUACCUGCUAGAGUGUGAGGAUUGGACACAUGGUAUGACAGCGGCCAGUCACAGCAGACCAAAGACGGUGACCGUGAGAAGGAAAGUUGGGAGGCCACAGAAGAUUCUGCUCCAAACCAAAGAGGAGGAGGCAGUGCUGGAGGGUGAUGAUCCUGGUGAGGGAGGAGCUUAUGAGAAGGAGAGCAGUGGGGAUUUGGACAGAAAGACAACUGAAGCGGGAGGUGAAAAGGAUGAAACGUUCUGCACCGGCCAGGUUUGUGGGUUUACCUUCCCCAGCUGGUCUGGUCACGUUGGACAUGGCACCCGCAACCUGCACAGCCACGCUUGCCUUUGCCAGGGAGAUGAUGGUGACGGAGGCAGGGCCAAGGAGGACCUGGAGGAUGCUGGCACUGCUGCAAGAUCCAUAUGUGGGAACGACAAGAAAGAGAGUCCAGGAGAGUUUGAAAAAAGAGGAGCUGACUGGGAGGAGCAAAACCAUGGUGAAGAGAGGAGCAAAGAGGAGGUCAUUAAGGAGGAGGAGAGUGAAACACCUAUCCUCUCAGCUCCUACCAGGGCUGCUGACUGGCCCGGCUGUAAAAUCCGUGCACGUAAAAAUCCCUGGUGCAGGGUCACGGGCGGAACCACAGAGUUAAUGACCCAAGACACAGGGGGAAGGCAGACGGAUGGAGGGAUCAGGGAGAAGAAAAGGAGGUGCAUGAAUGAAGAAAUGCAAGCCAAGGACGCGGCACACAGAUUACUGACUGGUGAGGUGACGUGGCACACAGAUUACUGACUGGUGAGGUGACAUGGAACACAGAUUACUGACUGGUGAGGUGAAGCGGCACACAGAUUACUGACUGGUGAGGUGAAGCGGCACACAGAUUACUGACUGGUGAGGUGAAGCGCAACACAGAUUACUGACUGGUGAGGUGAAGCAGAACACAGAUUACUGACUGACUGGUGAGGUGAAGCGGCACACAGAUUACUGACUGGUGAGGUGACGCGGAACACAUUACUGACUGGUGAGGUGACGCGGCACACAGAUUACUGACUGGUGAGGUGACGCUGAACACAUUACUGACUGGUGAGGUGACGCGGCACACAGAUUACUGACUGGUGAGAUGACGCGGCACACAGAUUACUGACUGGUGAGGUGAAGCGGAACACAGAUUACUGACUGGUGAGGUGACGCGGCACACAGAUUACUGACUGGUGAGGUGAAGUGCAACACAGAUUACUGACUGGUGAGGUGAAGCAGAACACAGAUUACUGACUGGUGAGGUGAAGUGCGGCACACAGAUUACUGACUGGUGAGGUGAAGCGGCACACAGAUUACUGACUGGUGAGGUGACGCGGAACACAUUACUGACUGGUGAGGUGACGCGGAACACAUAUUACUGACUGGUGAGGUGACGCGGAACACAGAUUACUGACUGGUGAGGUGACGCGGAACACAUAUUACUGACUGGUGAGGUGACGCGGAACACAGAUUACUGACUGGUGAGGUGACGCGGAACACAGAUUACUGACUGGUGAGGUGAAGCGCAACACAGAUUACUGACUGAUGAGGUGAAGCGCAACACAGAUUACUGACUGGUGAGGUGAAGCGCAACACAGAUUACUGACUGGUGAGGUGAAGCGGCACACAGAUUACUGACUGACUGGUGAGGUGAAGCGGCACACAGAUUACUGACUGGUGAGGUGACGCGGCACACAGAUUACUGACUGGUGAGGUGAAGCGGAACACAGAUUACUGACUGGUGAGGUGACGCGGAACACAGAUUACUGACUGGUGAGGUGACGCGGAACACAUUACUGACUGGUGAGGUGACGCGGAACACAGAUUACUGACUGGUGAGGUGACGCGGAACACAGAUUACUGACUGGUGAGGUGACGCGGAACACAGAUUACUGACUGGUGAGGUGACGCGGAACACAGAUUACUGACUGGUGAGGUGACACGCAACACAGAUUACUGACUGGUGAGGUGAAGCGCAACACAGAUUACUGACUGGUGAGGUGAAGCGGCACACAGAUUACUGACUGGUGAGGUGAAGCGGCACACAGAUUACUGACUGACUGGUGAGGUGAAGCGGCACACAGAUUACUGACUGGUGAGGUGAAGCGGAACACAGAUUACUGACUGGUGAGGUGACGCGGAACACAGAUUACUGACUGGUGAGGUGACGCGG